CUAAUUGGCACUGCGUCCCAGGUCCUAGAAUAAGCCGCCGGACUGCGGAGAUCAAGACCCGGUGGUUUUCCCUUAAUCUUCCUUUUGUCAUUUUCGUUACUCGGCCCGCGUCGCCGCGGUAUCUGUUUCAUGUUAGCCAUUCCAGAGGCAUAACACUGUUUUUAACUCGGAUGCGUCCAGGCCAGGGAUGGAUCGGGGACCUGGUACGGCGUCGGGAGGGAGUUUCAUAUCCAUAAGUGAAAACGAGCAGAGAUGUUACUCGGGUCUGUCCACUUUGUGUCAAGCUGACAGCUCUGGAAAACUAGCGGCGAGCAAAGUCGGGGAGCUUUUCAGGGCGUCGCAGCUACCUGCCGAGACCUUACAUCAAAUCACAGAUGUGUGUGGGGCCAAGCGACUGGGCUACUUCGGGUCGGGCCAGUUCUACGUGGCCCUGAAGCUACUAGCGGCAGCACAAGCUGGCCUUCCUGUGAGCCUAGAGAGCAUCAAGGAAGAGCUGCCCCUCCCCCGAUUCGCUGACAUGAAAGAUGACCGAGACCCUCGGUACCCCAACCGCUCUCAGAGCAGUGACACCCCCAGCCAGCAGUCUGCCGCGGCGUCAGAGAUGGACCGGGGUCCUGUCAGACACCAGGGGUCCGUUUCCGAGCGAAAGGAGCCUUGGUCGCCUCCACCCUCACCUUGCAAGUCUCCGCCAGACUCUCCACUGACCUAUCACAGCUACGCCUACAGCACCCAGCGGAAUGGAGCAGAUGCUUAUUUAGGUCAGACCCCGGGAGUCUCGGCGUGGGCCCAAGUUCAUCAGGACACCUCCUCCCCCAUCCACUAUGGGGCCAAACCCCCAGUGGAGCACACCUCCUCACGUCAUUCUGCAGAAAGGCCAGUGGAUCACGGGAUAGUGGACUACCCCGAGGACCCCUGGAGGAUAACGCCGGAACAGCGAGAGUAUUACACUAACCAGUUCAGAAGCGUGCAGCCUGACCUGGGAGCGCUGAUCCUGGGGUCUGUAGCGAGGAAUUUCUUCACAAAAUCUAAACUCCCCAUUCCAGAACUUUCUCACAUAUGGGAGCUGAGCGACAUGGACCGUGAUGGGGCCCUGACCUUGGCUGAGUUCUGCACCGCCUUCCACCUCAUCGUGGCACGCAAGAAUGGCUACCCACUCCCCGAGAGCCUGCCCCCCACCCUGCUGCCCAGUUUUGUGGAGAAGGACGCAGCUCCCCCAAAAUUGGUGAGUGAGGACAUGUUCUUCGGGACGUCUGGAGCUCCACAGCAGUCAGACCUUGUCCUCGCUGAGAGGACAGAGCCUCUCAUCUCCUUCGAGGAGGCUGACCCAGGGCCCUCGCUCCAGGAAAAGAAUGAAUCAGAACAUAAGGCCCUUCUGUCUGAGAUGAUCACACCCAAGCAGGACUUGGCUGAAGAACUUCCUCAGUCAGCGUUCAGUCCGAAGAGGGCGCCAGUCACAACAGAUCAAGAGAAACCUCCGGAACAUUUCCAUGGAGCACCAGAGCAAGGUCCUCCGCACGAACCAGAGCCUCACGUAAGAUCGCGAGCGCGGCCGAGGUCCUAUUCCAGCACCUCCAUUGAGGACGCCAUGAAGAAGGCAGAGCAGCCACCCACGCCUCCGCCCCGGCCCCAGAAGAGCCACUCACGGGCCUCAUCGCUGGACCUCAACAGGCUCUUCCAGCAGAACACUCACGGGCUGACAGGGCUGAAGAGCGGAUACCUGCCACCCCCCCCAGCACUUCCUCCCAGACCGACAGCCACACAGAUAUCACACGUCCCUCCCAGCACGGAGCAGAGUUCCCAGAAGGCCGUGUGUCAGCCAAACUUUGCUGACUUUGACAGGUUCAGAGAAGAGGAAAUGGGCCUGGUCCAGCCCCCCCAGAAACCACUGCGCAGGAAAUACCACCCCGAGAGCCAGGUCCGGGACCCGGCACAGGCCUUCGGCUCGCCCGCACACCCCCCCGGCGGGAACAGACCCCCCCAAAAGUUGUCCUCAGGGCAGAAGAAGGACAUCCAGCUGGCCAUCCGCAAGAACAAGGAGACCAACGCUGUCCUCAUGAGACUCAACAGUGAGCUCCAGCAGCAGCUGCAGCAGCAAGACGAUGGAAAGAGGACCCCCCCUUUGCCUGCGUUCCAGAGUCAACCACCGAACAUGACCCAGGGACCCGGAACAGAGGCAGAGCCCCCAGCAGCAGUUGUGCUUUGAAGCGAGCUUCUGCAGGCUCCUCCCACAUGAGGGGAACCAAUCCUGUGUCUUUGUCGGAGCUAGAUGCAGUGUGGUUUGACACAGCCUGGACACCAACAUUCCGCAGGGAUCAGGAUUGAAACCCGCUUCAAAUUACCCGGCAAUGAUGGCAUUCCGAUCCUUCCUCUCGGAAUUAGAGACACGAGGGCUGUGAUCCCAUCCAGGAUGGACGCAUCUUGGAGGGCGGGGAGAAGUAACCUUCAAUCUUACAGUAAAAUUACCCAGAAUUCCAUGCUCUGGGGUACGCCGGGAUGGUUAGGGUGACAACAUCACGAAUUCAUACUUGUAUAGCGUUCACAAAAUGCACAGCUGUGAGAUGGAGAUCCUUUGUGGUCGUCCUGCGUGGUCUACGUGCCAGAGAGUUUAAUAAGAGUGGUCAUUUUCAGAUAGGUUCUUCCUCCAAAGUGGGGGGGAGCUCCUCAUCUCGGGGGGGUUGAGGGUUAAAGGUCACGCUGCGCUUGUUUUCUCUGAGCCCUGGCAGGCUGCACCGUCAUUUGUCUGCACUUAAGUCAUUUCCCUGAGCUGCUAUUGAAGGAAAGACAUGGGGGUUGAUGCUUUGACUUUCCCUCUCAGGCACACGGAGAGCGAGGAGGUGGGGAUUUAAGGAGGGGCAGGCUGGCGUCUCUGAGGUCACGCGGCCAGAGAUCUCAGUAGCAGAGGUGGAAAGCUCAGGUCCAGAAAGUACAAAUUCGGGCCAAAGUUUUGUUUCAGUCACUUGAGUACAAAGAGUCACAGUCACAGGGAACUCAGCUGAACUUUUUAGAUCUACUGUGCAGGAAGACAGGAGAUCCUCCUGCUG